AAAUUCUUCUGCUUGAUGAGGCAACGUCAGCCCUGGAUACUGAGAGUGAAUCAGUUGUGCAGGCAGCACUGGACAAGGCAAGGGAAGGACGCACCACGGUUGUAGUAGCUCAUCGACUGUCAACAGUCCGAAAUGCGGAUCUUAUAGCUGUGUUCGAAGGUGGAGUUAUCACAGAACAAGGGAAUCAUUCCGAACUGCUUGAGACAAAGGGAAUCUACUACAAACUCGUGAACAUGCAGGCAAUAGACACUGAAGUUCCAUCGUCAGAAAAAAAUGAGAAUGCACUUGAUGUCAAAAAAGGUGGAUCUGAAACAGAAAUUGAAGAAUCCUUUACAAAAGGAUUGAGAAGACGCUCGACUCGGAGAAGCAUGAAAAAGCCGGAAACCGAGAAUGAUGAUCCUGACGAGAAAAAGAGUUCACCUGAUGAAGGAUUACCUCCAGCUUCAUUUCUGAAAAUUAUGAAGUUAAACAAAACUGAAUGGCCAUACUUUGUAGCCGGAAUUUUCUGUGCCGUGGUCAAUGGAGUUUUACAACCUGCAUUUUCAAUCAUAUUUUCAGAAAUUAUAGGGAUCUUUUCAGAAACUGACAAGGAAUUCUUAAGAGAAAAGGGCGACUUAUACUCAGUGCUGUUUUUAGUACUUGGGAUCAUUUCCUUUUUUACUUUUUUUUUCCAGGGUUUCACUUUUGGCAAGGCUGGAGAAAUCCUCACAAUGAGGCUUCGAUUCAUGGCAUUUAAAGCAAUGCUUAGACAGGACAUGAGCUGGUUUGAUAAUCCUAAAAAUAACACUGGAGCAUUAACUACAAGACUUGCUAAUGAUGCCUCACAAGUAAAAGGAGCAACUGGUGUCAGGCUGGCAUUAAUUACUCAAAAUGUAGCUAACCUGGGAACUGGAAUUAUUAUAUCAUUAGUUUAUGGCUGGCAGCUGACUCUGCUACUUUUAGCAGUUGUGCCAAUCAUUGCAGUGGCAGGAAUGAUUGAAAUGAAGAUGUUGGCUGGGCAUGCUAAAAAAGAUAAAAAAGAGCUGGAAGUUGCAGGAAAGGUUGCCACAGAAGCUAUAGAAAAUAUUAGAACUGUUGCUAGUUUGACCAGAGAAAGAAAAUUUGAGUUGAUGUAUGGAGAGCAUUUGAUUGUACCAUACAGAGUGUUUUCAGCUGUUGUAUUUGGUGCAAUGGCAUUAGGACAAAGCAGCUCUUUUGCUCCAGACUAUGCCAAAGCCAAGAUAUCAGCAGCCCACUUGUUUCUGCUGUUUGAAAGUGUACCCUCAAUAGAUAGUUACAGCGAGGAAGGAGAGAAACCUGAAACAUUUGUGGGAAACCUAACAAUCAAAGAUGUGUCAUUUAACUACCCAAACCGACCAGAGGUCAAAAUCCUCCAAGGUUUGAAUCUAAAAGUAGAAAAGGGGCAAACUCUGGCCCUUGUUGGUAGCAGUGGCUGUGGAAAGAGCACUGUUGUCCAGCUGCUUGAGAGAUUUUAUGAUCCACUUGGUGGGGAAAUUCUUUUUGAUGGCAAAGAUGCAAAGACACUAAAUAUCCAGUGGCUGAGAGCUCGGAUUGGUAUCGUCUCACAAGAGCCGAUCCUGUUUGACUGCACCAUUGCUGAAAACAUCGCCUAUGGAGAUAACAGUCGGGAGGUGUCGCAUGAGGAAAUUGUUAAUGCAGCAAAAGAGGCCAAUAUUCAUUCCUUCAUUGACUCUCUGCCAAAUAAAUACGAUACCUGUGCAGGAGACAAGGGAGCUCAGCUUUCUGGUGGUCAGAAACAACGUAUUGCUAUUGCCCGAGCUCUUGUACGUAAGCCCCAAAUCCUGCUACUGGAUGAAGCUACAUCUGCCUUAGACACAGAAAGCGAAAAGGUUGUCCAGGAAGCUCUGGAUAAAGCCAGGGAAGGUCGCACCUGCAUCGUGAUAGCUCACCGCCUCUCCACCAUCCAAAACGCUGACAAGAUUGCCGUGAUCCAGAAUGGCAAGGUCAUAGAACAAGGGACCCAUCAGCAGCUCCUGGCUCAAAAAGGCAUCUACUAUGCUCUGGUCAAUGUUCAAAGUGGGUCAAGCAACAUGUAAAUUAAAGGCAGUACUUAGGCAGUACUUAUCUUGGAAUUGUCACUGUAAUUAUUUCAAUACU